AAAUCUGCAACUGCUUGACACCAACGUAAACAACAAAAUUGAAAAUAUGGCUGAGCAAGACGAGCAAGUGCUUCUGACAGAGAUCGAAAGAAAUAACACUGGCAUCAGCACUCAGAGCGUGAACCAAAGUGAUUCGGGCGGAGCGAUCAACCAAGACGACGAUCAGACUGUGAAGACAAAUGACAGUAAUGCAGACGUCAGUGGUACCGGUCAAAUUCAAAGUGGUCAGGAUUUAUUACAAACUGCCGAGUCGGGUUUGGACAAAGUCGAAAGCUUAGACCAGUUUGAAUAUAUUGAACCAGUGCCCGACCCUUACAACAAAGCCAUAAAGUAUUUAGAACAGCAUAGUAUUCUGCAGUUAUUCCAGCAAUUGACUGCAGAUAUAGUAUAUAACAGACCACCAGAUCCAAUUGACUACAUGAUUGCAGAAAUUGAAGAAAUUAAAAGGAAUAGGGACCCGAACGAAACAGAAGAAAAUGCACAAGUUGUACCACAACAAAUGUCAGAAGAUGUUUGAUAAACAAGUCUACAGAGUUGAACAAUUCAGCCAGAGACACAACAGUUUUAAAUGCUUAGGCUGUGAAAACCUAACCUCCAUAUUUUGCCUAAUACCUCCCAAUUUGGUCUUCAAUUGUAACUCCUCAGUAUUACUUAUUUAAGUUAUUGCAACCAGUGUGCUGUGACAUUGUUUCCCUGGAUAGUGUUGUGGAUGACUCCAAUAUACUAAAUAAAAGGUAACAAAUAUUUCACACAACCUCUACCCUGUGUCCACUAUUUAAGUAUUAGUCACUGACUAAACAUUACAUAUUAUAUGAAUCACAUUAGAUGAAAUCAUUUAUAUAUUUGCAUGCAGGCCUCUGAAAAUUGAGAGAAUGAUAGUUUCAUUUUGUGGGUUGCUCACGUAAACCUAGUAUUGUGUAAGCCAUUUUUCAUUAGCACAUUAAAUGUAGGACAUAGUAUUGACAGGUUACGCAAAUACAAAAUAAAUCGAUUAAACUUAUAACUGGGUUGCCAGGCGUCUGUGUAGAGGGGUGAGUGGUGUGUAGAGGGGUGAGUGCACAUGUAUCUGGUUACACCAAUUUUCAAUUCUUAGAGGCCUGUAUAUGUAUGCGUGGACUAUGACUGAUGAUAGAGUGUUUGGGUGGGGGGGGGGGGGUAAAUUGCAAGUUCCUGAUACCUCCUCCACCCCUUUUCAUCGUCAGUCAUUGACACUAUAACAUACAUAAAUAUUUUAUUGAAUUUAUGUCUAUAUCUAUAUCUAUAUAAAACUUGUCUGAUGAUGGAAAGGGGGAAGGGGGGGGGGGGGGAAGAGUGGUAAACUAGAAGUCCCUGUGAAUAAUAUGGCAAAACUGUACAUGGUGAUUAAGUUAUAGCAGUGACAAAAAACUUGAGAAUGUCUGUGAUAAGUUUUAAGUGUGAAUUUUAUGCUGUUUUUGUGUUAAAUUGUUGACUGGUUUUGUUUGUUAAUAUUUUAUUUAAUUCUUAUGUAUUCUUUAUGAAAAUAAACAAGGUUAAAAAUA